GCAGCCAUGACUGAGGCUGAUGUCAGUCUGAAAGCCUAUCCCCUCACAGAUGCCCACCUCACUAAGAAACUACUGGACCUUGUUCAGCAGUCGUGUAACUACAAACAGCUUUGUAAAGGAGCCAACGAGGCCACCAAAACCCUCAACAGAGGCAUCUCUGAGUUCAUCGUGAUGGCUGCUGAUGCUGAGCCCCUGGAGAUCAUCCUACACCUUCUGCUACUGUGUGAAGACAAGAAUGUGCCCUACAUGUUUAUGCACUCCAAGCAGUCCUUGGGGCAGGCCUGUGGCAUCUCCAGGCCUGUCAUCGCCUGUUCUGUCACCAUCAAGGAAGGCUCACAGCUGAAGCAGCAGAUCCAGUCCAUUCAGCAGUCCAUUGAGAGGCUCUUAGUGUAA